CUCUCCUCUCCUCUCUCCUCUCUUUAGGUCGGAGUUGUUGUUGUUGGGUCUGCGUCCCUCCGGCUGUGAGCAUGCAAAGCGACGAGCGGCACCGAAACAAGAUCGUUGCGCCAACAUGGACGACCGGGCUGCUCACGUUUUACAAAUGCACUUUAUAUUUAUUCAUCUUUAGUCUGGGACUGAAGAGGAGCGACACGGCGCCAGUGGAGUCUGAUGAUUUUGCUUUCUUCCUGGAGGGCACCAACAAGUGCCUCGGGGUGCUGGGUAACUCGCUGAUCCUGUCUCCGUCCUGCGAGGAGCCCAACCAGAGAUGGAAGUGGGUGUCUCAGAUGCGCCUGUUCAACCUGGGCUCCUCGCUGUGCCUGGGCUUGAACACGGGGAACGUCACCUACGGUCCGCAGGAUCCUCCGAUGGCGAUGUACACGUGUGACGCGGAGCCCCCCAGAGUGGACUGGACCUGGAACUGCGUUGAGGUGCUGGAUAAGCUCAAGAGCCUCGUUCAGUCCCAGGCGUUCUGGAACGGGUCGGCGGUCUCGUCCUCGGCCAAAUGGAGACUGUACGGUGACGAGCAGGACCUCUGCUCCAAAACAUAUCAAGAGAUCUACACGAUCGAGGGGAAUUCUUACGGCCGGCCCUGCUACCUGCCCUUCAUGUACAGGGACCAGUGGUUUCACAGCUGCACAAGCACCGGCCGGGAAGACGGCCACCUUUGGUGCGCCACCACCUACAACUACGACACAGACCUACGCUGGGGAUUCUGUCCCGUGAAGGACAACAGCUGUGAGACAUUCUGGAAAACGGACUCCGUGACAGACAGCUGCUAUCAGUUUAACAUGCAGGCCACUCUGUCUUGGAGCGAGGCUCGGAUCAGCUGCCAGCAGCAGGGGGCGGACCUGUUGAGCAUCGGCAAGCUGCACGAGCAGACCUACAUUAAUGGUAUUCUGAAUUCUUACAGCCUUGCCUUAUGGAUCGGCCUCAAUGACUUGGACCUCAGUGGAGGGUGGCAGUGGUCCGACUCCUCACCAGUCAAAUUUCUAAACUGGGAUCAAGACCAGCCAAGUCACGCCGAGGAAGAGAACUGUGUCGUGCUCAGAUCGGAGUCAUCGGGACGUUGGCAGAACCGAGAUUGUUCUGAUGCGCUGCCGUAUGCCUGCAAGAAGAGACCCAACGCCACGCUGGAUCCCUUCACCACAGAUUCAUGGGCAAAUGAUGACAAAUAUGAGUGUGAUGUGGGCUGGCAGUCCUUUCAGGCUGGAUGCUACAAGCUCUCCUCAGAGAAGAGUAAGUGGAAUGCGGCUCAGAAAACAUGCCAGAAGAUGGAUGCCAGCUUGGUCAGCAUCCAUACUAUACCUGAACUGGAGUUCAUCAUUCGCAACCUGAAGAAAGACCAUGACCAAUUAUGGAUAGGGCUCCAUGACACUGACAUGCAAAUGGACUUCCAGUGGACCGACCACACGCCUGUUAUCUUCACCUACUGGCACCCAUUUGAACCCAACAACUUCCGCAACACCCAGGAAGAUUGUGUCUCCAUGUGGGGCCCCGACGGCCGUUGGGACGACAGCCCCUGUAACAUAUCUCUGCCCUUCAUCUGCAAGAAACCGGGAACCAAGAGCGACGGGAAGCCACAGCACCAAGAGUGCAAACAGGGUUGGAAGUGGCACAGUCCAGCUUGUUACUGGGUCGGAGAAGAUCUGUCCACUUUUGAUGUGGCCAGAAAAUCCUGUGAGGCGCAGGAAGCCGCUCUUGUUACUAUUACAAACAGAUUCGAGCAGGCAUUCGCCACCAGCCUGGUGUUUGGCCGCUCUGGAGAGUGGUUUUGGAUCGGGCUCAGUGACCAGGCCACUCAUGGGUCAUUCCGCUGGCUGAGUGGAGACGAAGUGUCCUUCACCAACUGGAAUCGAAACCAGCCAGCGAACGUCCACGGGGGCUGCGUUGCGAUGGCAACAGGCACGGCGACGGGUCUGUGGGAGGUGAAGGAGUGCGCCUCGGCAAAGGCGAAGUUCAUCUGCCGCCAGAACCAGGACACGUCUCUGAGCCCCGAACCCCCUGCUCCACAGCCCACCCCGAGCCUCAGCGGCGCCUGUCCCACUGGCUGGAAGAGCAACAGCAACCUGCGCUACUGUUACAAGGUCUUUCACAACUCCGACCUGGAGCAGAAGCAGAAGUGGCUGGACGCCCACCUGUUCUGCCGGAGACACGGAGGCAACCUGCUGAGCAUCGGCAACCCCGAGGAGGAGCAGUUUAUCCUCCAGGUCCUCCAUGAGACGUUUGGAGAGUCAGAGGAGCAUGAGCAGCAGUGGUUUUGGAUCGGUCUGAACCGCAGGAAUCCCAUGGACAACGGCAGCUGGAAGUGGAGCGAUGGUCUGCCUUUAACAUACCAGAACUUCGGCCGCUACCACUACAACAACCGGCAGUGUGCUGCAGCGGACUUGGGCACUAUGACCUGGUUGGCCAUGCACUGUGACGCCGCGUUAGACUGGAUCUGCAAGAUUCCCAGAGGAAGUGUUGAGGUGAUCCCAGAAGUAACAGAAGGCGCCAGUUCUCCAAAGUGGAUCGGAUUCCAGGAGGCUGAGUAUAAGUUUUUCGACCAUCGCACCACUUGGGACCAGGCCAAGAGGAUCUGCUCCUGGUCUGGUUCCUCGCUCGCCUCAGUCCACUCAGCUGAGGAGCAGGCUUUCCUGGCCAACAUUUUAAGCAAGAUGGUGAAGUCCGAGGUGGACAGCUGGUGGCUCGGGCUUCACACCUACGAAAACGACGGACGUUUCCGCUGGUCCGACCACUCUGUGCUCAAUUACGUUUCGUGGGCGCUCGGCAGGCCGCAAGCGGUCAGCCGCGAUCGCAAGUGCAUCCACAUGUCAGCCAGCAAAGGAGACUGGGCGGAUCAGAAGUGUCACUCUGACCUGCCCUACGUCUGCAAAAGGGUGAACGUGACAGGGACCAUUCCUCCGACGCCGCCGUCCCCUCAUCCACCAUCGGGCUGUCCCAGUGGGUGGUCCUUCUAUCAGCAUAAGUGUUUCAAAGUAUUUGAGUCACCCCGGAACACGUGGUCUGCCGCCAAGCUGAAAUGUGAAAGCCAGCGAGGCGCGCUGGCUCUGGUAUCCAAUCAUUUAGACCAAGCUUUCAUCACCACCUUGUUAAAGAACGUCAGCGCUGACCUCUGGGUGGGCCUGACCUCAGACUCCAAGGGCCACUUCAGGUGGGCCAAAACCGGCCUGCUCAGCUACACCAACUGGGCGCCGGGAGAGCCAGUCGACAACAGCGGACCGCAUCACAACAAGACGCCGGGGAACUGCGUAGUGAUGAUUCACGGCAACCCAGAGAGGAAAAGUGGCAUGUGGGCCUCCCGAGCCUGCGAAAUGGAGAACAAUGGCUUCAUCUGUCAAAAGCAGCCAGAUCGAGGCCUGCCUCCAGCUCCCACCCUCAUUCCUGCCUCCCUGUCAAAGCCCGUGGAGCUAGGAGGAGUGACCUAUCGGGUUGUGCAGAAGCGUCUUGACUGGACCGGUGCGCUGUACCUCUGUGAAUCUUUGAACGGGACGCUUGCAGCAGUGAGGGAUCCAUACCAGCAGGCCUAUCUGACGCUGCUUAUCAACAGCCUGCGGCAGCCAGCUUGGAUUUCUCUCUUUAACCACGGAGGGCGAAGCUUCACGUGGCUAGGCGAUGAGGAGGUGAAAUACUCGAACUGGAAAGAUAGAGAGCCCAAUCAGAUGGCUGGGUGCGGUCACAUGACCUCUACAGGACAGUGGACUAUGACUCCCUGUGAUGCUAAAUUGGACGCUGCUAUUUGUCAAAUUAGUGAUGAGCCCAUAAGCCAUCAGUGGAUCUACCCCGGACUGUGCCCCAUCUCUGUUGGAGAGUGGGCCUGGGUCCCCUUCAGGAACCACUGCUACGCCUUCAACCUGCAGCUUCUUAAACUGCAACAGGACGCGCUCUCGUCCUGCAAGAAAAUGGGAGCAGAACUUCUCUCCAUCCUGGAUGAGGCGGAGAACAACUUUGUAUGGGAGCACAUCCAGAGUUAUGCGGAGCAGGCGCAUGGAGCUUGGCUGGGCAUCAGCAUGAAAGAGAGACGCCUCGUGUGGAACGAAGACACAGAGAUAUCGUUCACCAACUGGGAAACGCGCAACGUGGCGUUCUCGGUGCUUUCGCCCAAUUCCUGCUUCUGGAUCCAGAGCAACAGCGGCCAGUGGAAGCCCGGCUCCUGCAGGAACCUUACGCACGGCGUGAUCUGCAAACGGCCUCGCAUAAGUGCUGAGAACUCCUCUUCAACAUUAGACGUCGACCACCUGCCCACUGUGAUUGUCGUCAUUGUGGCGGCUUUGGUGCUGCUUCUGCUGAUAGCCACGGGGAUCCUCCUGUACCGGCGGCGAACCGCAGGGUCGCGCGGUUCAUUCGAGGGAGCCCGCUACAGCCGCACCAACUCAGGCCUCGACGAGCAGGCCGAGAAGAACAUCCUGGUGUCCGACAUGGAGCUGAACGAGCAGCCGGAGUAAGCCCCGGACCGACCCUGGACUGGACACAGACCCCACGCCGCCGGAGAGACUCAGAUUCUCAUACAAUUUUUCUUACUCUUUUUAAACCAAACUUUUUUUUUUUUUUUUUUUUUUUUCAAAUGCUAAAAAGCUGUGUAGAACACAGCAGAUGUUUCUAUUUUUUAAUUGAAUCGGAAGUUUUUGAAAAAAAAAAAAAAAGAAACGCACAAAUCGGAUACAUCCAUCUGCUUUUUCCAAAACUCAUAGGAAGGAUACAAUUGAUCUACUGUGAAUAGUUUUAUUACCGCUGAGAAUAAAAUUAGCACAAAGCCAGUCUUAUGAAACAACCUCUUGCCUGUCCCCUAAAGUCAGUUUUAGCACACCGAGUUCCCUGGUCUUGUUUCUGUUCUGACUGAACAAAAAAACUAAAACCCGCUUUUACUUGUUUUUACUGUCUGAGUUGCCACAUAUUCUUCUCAAGGACCGCAUUCCUCUGUAAAAUUUAAUUUGUGUUGUCAUGUCAGUAUUAACCCAAACUUGAACACGUUUUUUUCUUUCUUCUUUUUAAUUUUCUUUGGUUUGUUUGGUAUGAUUCGUCGUUAUCUGUGCAGCUGUGGAGAAGCGUAAGCCGUGAUGCGUGUUUGUGGUUUCCAUGAGCCUGCCUCUCUCCCUCUUCUCCGACCCGACACGUCAGCAAAGGCUGUCAGGCCGGCAGCAGAGGAGGAAGAAAGACAUCCAGAUGUGAACGCGUUAGAAGUGUAAAAGGGGCCGUUGACCUCAAACUGUCUGUGAGGGCGAACACUAUAAUUGUGCACAUAAGUAGGACUUUGCAUUGAAAGCUGGUCUUUAAAUGGACUACGUUGUUGUAGUUUUUUUUUUUUUCUUUUUUAGUGCAGCAUCACCCAUGGGGGUUGUUUUGAUACACAAUCAGAUUUUGGAGCCACUAAGGCGUUUUUUUUGCCUUUCGUCUUCAUCAAAAGCGGGCAGUUUCUGCCUUAGCUCUUUGUUCCACCAUCUGGAGCUGAUUCAGCAGUUUUGGUGGAGUGCAGUCAUUGUGUUCACACACGCUAUAAAACCAGGUUUGAAUUGGAAAGCUGUCUGAUGCAUCACGAUUUUAUGACCUCGCGGUUCACGUUUCUGGAUGUUGCAUCAGCUCAGUUUUUUUUUUUGUUUUUUUUCUGCCCUGAAGAUGCACAUUCAUUUUGUUAUCUGGAAGCAGCUCUACUUUUCCUGCAGCAAUUGCCAACACUGGGAAGUCUUCGAGUUUGCCCCGCGAAAGAAAACAUCUUUAAUGGUGAAUAGUGUGCCAAAGAGUAUUGAAAGCCAAAUUCACAAACCUGCCAUCUGUGCUGGGUCUUUUGACAUCUUGCUAAGAUUUCAAACAUUUAACCUUCCUCCUUCAGCUUGAGCCUUGGAGUACAUUUCUCUCCCUCUCUCUGCUUGCAGGAAUGCUUUGGAGCCAUUUCAGUCUGAGGCUCUUGGUGUUUCACUGAGCUGCUGUGAAAAAAAAAAAAACUAAGACUGAGGGGGAAGGGAGGAGGAGAGGUGUGUGUGUGUGUGUCUGUGUGUGUGUGUGUUCGUUGUGCAUACGCGGUCUCCAGCUGUGGAAUGUUGAGUCGGCAAGAAGAGCUCAGUGGCACGUCUGGAACCAAUCAGAGAAGGAGAGCUUAGGGACAGGAAGGGUCAGAAUAGGGGGGGUAAAAAAAAAAGGGAAAAGCAGAAUGGGGGAGAAAAUGGAGUAAAUGGCGGAGUGCGAGGAGGAGACAGGGAUGUAGGUAGAGAAAAGGAGGAGUUUAACAGCAGCAGCAGCAGCAGCAGCGUGGCCUCUGCUGGUGGAUUGGUGUAGGGGUCACGGCAGCUGAUCCAACUGGGAGGAUUUAAUGAUGCAAUAGCGCGCUCGCUUUGUUCCCCUAUUGUCUGUGAAACAGGUCUGGUCUCCCUGUGGAUAAACCCAAAGGACCUGUUGGAAUUUGUAAGAUUUUUUUUUUGUUGUUGUUGUUGUUGUUGACAUUUUUAUAAGAAAUUAAUAAAGCUUAUGUCCUCAGA